AUGUCCACCUCCUCACCCUCACACUCAGAACCAAACUUCCUAACCUCCAUCCCCCCACUCCCCGCAACCGAAUUCUGCAUCUACGGCACCGUCCACGCCUACCCCGAACACGCCGACGCCCUGGAAGCAGUCUACGCCGAAACAACGCGUCUCGCACAAUUCGAGCCAGGAGUGAUAUACUACUGUCUCACCCGUGACACCGAACAACCUCAUAUAUUCUACUUCUUCGAACAAUAUACCGGCAAAAAGGCCUUUGAGGAUCAUAAUGCGCAGCCAAUUAUACAGAAGCUGAUGGCUGAUAAGUUUAUUCGGGGCGUUGAGGCGAAGUUUGGGACGCAGAUUAAACCGGGGAUUAGUGGUGGGAUGUGA